UUAUCAGAAUCGUGCGUGAUAAGGCAGGACUUCAGAUAGGACGUUUACACUACCACAAUUCCCGGCCAUGAAGCUGUUCAUCUUGUUAUCCGUGUGUCUGGCUGUUUCCUCAGCCUACCCCAACCUGGUGGACCUCGCCAGUGCUAACAAUGCUACAAAACUCGUGUCCCUCCUCACUAGCGCUGGAUUAGCGGACAUUCUUAAAGACCCCAGCCAAGGUCCGUUCACUCUGCUAGCGCCUUCUGAUGCCGCCUUUGCCAGAGUUCCAGCCGCUGAUUUUCAGGCAUUGAAGGCAGACAAUGCGCAACUACAGGAAGUACUGAAAUACCACGUGAUGAAAGGGGAGAUUUUCGAGUGGGAUCUUGUGAACCACGAAGUCAUUCCAAGUUUGAAUGGACACUCAAUUCGUGUUUAUGUCGCAUCAAGUUCAAAUGCCCAGAGAACUUAUUUCAACCAAGCAAAAGUUAUAGUGUCAGAGUUACAAGCAUCCAAUGGCGUGCUUUACCUGAUUGACGAAGUUCUUAACAUGCCGGAGGGGACCAUUGACGAUAUCAUCCUGAACCCCGACUACAACAUUGACCAAUUCAUGGACUUCAUCAAGGAAGCCAGACUAACCACUGUAUUCAACAGGACUGUUGGUAAUAGGUACACAAUGUUUGUUCCCAGUAAUCAAGCCCUGGCUUCUCUGGACCCAGGAUUCCUGGCUCAGAUUAAGAGCAGUUACUCAAACGCUCGCCGCUUAGUUGACUACCACGUUCAUCCUGGAACUCUGCACGCCAAGAGUAUUCACGGCCCCGGGCGUCUAUCCACAAUGUACAGGGGACAUUAUAUUAAUCUCUCACAAGACGCCAACAACAAUACGCUUUUGAACAACGUAGCCACAGUUUUGCAGGCUGAUAUCGAAGCCGAGGAUGGAGUGGUCCACAUUAUUUCUCACGUGCUUAUUCCCUCUACACUCUCUCCUGGCGGGCUUGUCGGAUAAAUGCUUUAUUUAAUAAAUAUUUUACAACAUAA